AUGUCUCAACAUCAUCUCACGACUCACAAUGCACCGUGUACGGGGUCACUCGCAUCAGACUCUGAAGCUCUUGAGAUGAGACCGACUAUAUGGAAUGAUCCGACAACGGAACUACUUCGACCCGCAGAGGGCCCAGCUGGUUCUCCCGCGCUUGAGGUCUACCAAGCACCGACGGCCGAGCAAGUCAGUCAGACCCAUAAUCUCAUCCAGAUAGAAGAGACGGAACUCGAAGAUCUCAACAAGAAACACGCAGAUCUUCUUACACAACUCAAGGCAGUUGAACAAGAGCAGACUCGGGUUUCGGAGAGCAUUGCACGGCGUCGUUCAAGUCUCAGCCGGUUUCACUCUUUACCCCACGACGUACUUGCUGUGAUCUUCCAGUCAUCAGAGGACGUCUCUCCUUGGGUAUGGAUGAGCCUUAACCGGAUGAGCCGAGCCGUUGCGAUGCAAACUCGAUCGCUCUGGAGCAAAUUGCUCGUAAGUAACGAUGCGGAUCCCUCUCGCUGGGCGCCACAGAAAACCCGCUGGGCUUCGGGGCGUGAGAGGUGCAACACUGUCCCAAGGCUUGAGCGUGCUCUGGCUCGUUCUGCGGGGGGAAAGAUAGACGUCAAGCUGGACCUCCUCUCCUACAGAGAUACUUGGAUUACCCCCCGAAGGCAAACUCAGGCAUCCGAGCUCAUCACGACCCUACAAACAGCUCAAUCCCGAAUCCACUCACUGGAUUUUAGCGGCAAUUCUCCACCCACGAUUGAAGCUCUCGAUAUGAGUAGUUGGAACCUGCCUAAUUUGGAAACUGCCAUUCUCACAACAAAGAUGACCACUAUCGCAAAGAGGAUUCAAAAUACCGCAACGAAGCUACAGUCUUUGGGACUCGAUAUUUACCCCGAAGAGAAGUUGGACUGGGAGCUACCCCCUAAAAGUCUGAUUACGACCAUGAAGCUGAGGGUAAUGAGCGGGGGCAGAGCUCUGAGGGAGAAUGUUGGACCAAAUAUCUCCAGUAUUCUCUCUUCGACGAAACAACUCACUCACCUCACCCUCCAUGAUACGGAAAUAUUGGAAAUGCUACCCAAAAGCACAUUGGUGCUCCCGUCUUUGCAACAUCUAGUACUACGCGACUGCACUUUCGGCAUCAGGCUUAGUCUCCCCCGACUCGAGACAUUCGACCUCGCUCGAACACGCUUCAUGCUCGAUGGGAAAAACCUUGCCCUACCUUCCCUGAAGUCGCUCAAGCUCUGGUAUAUGCCAAGCGACUUUUGUGAGGUUAUAAACGCCUCGAUGCUUGAAUCGCUUGAUAUAUGUGGGUAUGCCAGCGUUUUUAUCCAACUCGUCGAAAGCUCUAUGAAGAAGGGAUACAUGAUCCCACCCGUGUUGAAGCUGGAGGCACAUAAGGUGCGGAGUAAUGAAGAUGACUUCUUGACUGCCCUUGAUAGCAUCGAGUCACUCCAGGACCUAACACUUCAUGGAACGGGACUUGGAAAGAAGUUCUUCGACAGCUUUGCGGGUGCUAAUGUAGCGUCCAAGACCCAAAUAAUCCGCCGAACUCCUAUCUGCACUUCGCUCCGAAGGUUCAGUCUAAAUCUCGAGGACGUUGGGAAUGUCAGUACCGAAAAGGCGAUGACGAAGUGGGUUUAUCAGGCCGUCAAAGUGAGGCAACGGUCUGAAUACCCACUUGACGAGAUUCUCUUCAAAGGGGGUCGGAAUGAAGAGUGGACGCCGCUUUCAUAG